AUGCUGUAUGGGGUCGCCGAAGCCGCUCCGCAGGUUGUCUCCCUGGAGCCUUGCUGCCUUGAAGUGUUGUCGAUGGAGGUUGCGGACAUGUUCGUGCCUGAAUUUCGCAAAAUCUACGAAGCGAAAUUUCGCGCCAACGGCUACACGGUUGGGCAGUUCGUGUUCGCCUUGCACGAGUUGAUUUAUGGGUGUACUACUGGGGAACUCAUCAUCUACAUCUUCUCCAAAUGAGUCAUCUCAGAGAGAGAGAGAGAAUAAGACAUAUGAGGAAAAGGGACCUCCCAGAAGAUGAUCCCUGAGAUAAUUCCAAUUGCCUAGUACUACGCUUCUAAUUGAUGCGGCGCGAUAUUCGCCUGCUGGACUACAAAACGGCUCGACUGGACCGCCUGCACCGAAUCUUUUUGGACGAGGUGAAGGCACAAUUGGAGGGGUUGCAGGCGCUGGUUUGCUCGCACUUAGACGAAGCCCACAUGCGCGUGCUGCUGGCCAUCAUCAUGGGGGAGCGAAGCGACGCCAGUCUGAAGAAAGCAAUUGAUCUGACCACUCUCAUUUAUGGUUGACGUUGAAGUUGAUGGAGAGUUAGAGUUUCCCGCGUUGAUGUUUCGGAUCAGAAUCUUUUGGUUGGUCCCCAUCCGAGAGUAAGUGCGUAGAGUUAGACUUUGGCUUCGGCUGCGUUUUUUAGCCUCCUACUUGCUUCGGCAUACUAGACUUAUGAAAAAUAACCUUAACAAUUUCAGAUGCUUUUCAAGAUCAUUGAUCAUUGAGUUUAUCAUCAGCUUUCCUUCUCUAAUCCAUUUUCCCUCUUCGUGGAACGGUGUCAGAAAUAUGCCACCAAGCUGGUCUGGCACCACAAAUGAAGCCGGCAGUGCUGAGAAGAUACCUGGCCACCUGCUCCCUGAUGAUUCGGAAGUGUCUGGACCGACAAGCCACCCUAGAAAAAGAGAAGGCUAGACAUUACACUUACGCAAAGGACAAGGAGUAAGAGUAGUCACUUGAUCAUUUGAAGAUCACUUGUUGUUAGUACAAAGUACAUUUUCAGAUGAGCAUUGCUAUUGCACCCGAUGAUCACUUGAUCAUGAGCAGACAUGAUCACUGAUUGCACCCACGUAAACGAGUAGUCUCGAUGCAAAACAGACUCCUAUAUGGCAAAUAGUUUUUUUUUGGGGCUUGGCUCUCUGGUCUCGGCGUCAAGAAGGAGUAGAAGCUGAAUCUGAAAAUGAUUUUCAACACGUGCCAAAAACACACUUGGUCAGGCCGGUUUAUUAGCAGGCACGUAGAUCUACUUCAUCAGGAAGUUAUAGUAUAUUUUCUAAUCGCUUUAUCGAUUGAAACUUGUGGUCGACCGCCUGCUCCGAGAAUGUCAAGAGCAGGAGGAGCUAAUAAGUGCAGGCGCCAGUGCGGACAAGCCAGACCCAGACGUUAUGCUGGAGGGCGAAAUGAUUUUUCUAUUCGGGAUAAUAGAGUAGUCCUAAACCCUGAAUGCUACAUCUUCGUAUUUGUUUCAUCAUAGUGAAUAUUCUUUUCUUGUCAUAAGCAGCUAGUUGGAGCCACAAAGAAACAACUGGAAUCAAUGCCAGCUGGUAUGUGCAGUUCCGAAUUUGAAGGGCUAGAGUACUUUUCUCGUAAAGCACCCUUUUCCUGCUAUCACUUUUCCCCUCUAACAACAAUUAUGGUGUCAUGAAGCCGGCCAUCGACUACAUGCAUACGCUACGCAUUCAACUUAAGGCAACUUAUACCUCAUGUAAGUGUGCGUCUUGGGAAGCGUCUUGAACUAGAACCUACCAAGUCUAGAAGCAAUAUCUUGAUGAACUAGUGCAUUAUAGAGGCUUUUCGCCCAAUUUUGAAAUUUUUCGGGACGUGUAGACAGUGGGACACCAAAGAUAACGUCCAUAUCAGGGACGCACGCCCGCAUGACAUGCCCACCAAGUCCAAGCCAAUUUCCUCCAGAGUACUAGAAUGUUAGGUAAGUUCUAAUCCGUUCUUCGAAGAUAGCGGCGCUUUACGAGAAAGUUUUUAUGCAAAAAUCCGAAGCGAAGAACAAUACCUCGUGCCAGGAUACUGUGAGGAGCUCUUCCAAGAAGCCCUGGGCACGCUUUAUCCUGAAAAUUUACUUCGUUAAUCAAUAAAGCCUUCAGGGUUGUAGAAAAUUUACUUCGAUGAAUAAAGCAAUCUUAAAUUAGUCACGUAUCUGGAAACCUAAUAAACUAAAAAUAGCCAAGUAUCUAUUAACGUAUCGUAGAAUGCUGGUCGCGCGUACAAUAAGAUACCACAAGAGCAAGUUAGUACCAGACUUUUCGACCAAAGUAGUUUGUAGGCAGACGUUUCUCACGAACGUGAAUUCAAGUCACUCACGUCAGUAUUGUCGCUUACCAGCUGUUAUAUCAUCAAGUCAUUUUGCAAUCACUCUCGCCAUUCCGUAGAUUUUCUGUAACUAGUAAGUCCUCAAAUAGGAGUAAUUGUUAGGUAGUAUAAUAACACACCAACGGACAUCAAAAUGUUUGGAAAUUGAUGUUGUUUCGAACUCAUGCAAUCCAAAUCAGUUACGAGAGAUUUUGUAGGACGAGCUUUUGGAUGCAUGGACUCACUGUGUUUCCAAAUGAUUGAUUUCUCGGGAUGAUUACAAGUAUGUAAAAAUCGAUUCUGAGACAUUGAGAAUGUUAUUUCGAAAUUAAUACUGAGCAGGAAAAAGUGUCUGGUUUAUACUUCCUUGAACAGCGUGUGCGUAAAUCAUCGAAGCGAUGGCUUGUCUGCGCCGGUUAACAUUUUGCGGUCAUGUCUAUUUUAGUGAACUAGAUUAGCAAUACCCCGAUGAUCCAGUAAAAAAACUAUAGAGUAUUGCAUGCUAUAUUAGUAGCAUGAUGUAGUAAGAGCCAGCUUGUAUCAUGUUCGGCUCUUUUGUGAUAGUAGGCGUUUCGUCUUUGUUUUGUGUCUCUCUGCUUAGAGGUUCUUUUUCUUUUACUCAGCCGGUGGCUAAUUCUUUUCUUUUUCUCUCUUACUGAACAAACAAACAGGACGAAGAUAAGAAAAAAGCUCCGUGCUGCUAGCCUAAAGUAGUCAGGAAUAAACUAAGAAAAGUAGAGAAUCAUCGGGAACGAAGACGAGUAAGUGUAGCCGACAGUGAGAAAUAGCGAUCUGGGGUAGUUGAUCUCGCAACAAAUUCAGCAAGUCCGUCUAGGCACACGCGAUGGCCAACAAAUACAAGGGCGCUGCGUUGCUCGGUGGACGACAAAGGGCUUUGCGAAGUUGCGGCAGCAAUACAACCUCGUCGUUGGUCAACAAAUCCUGGCUGCGUCGUAUCAGGGACGGGCACCACUACCACAAGGACAUACUGUACUGCAUGUAGAGGGAGCUAGCGGCCAGCGAGUCCGCGGCGGGACUCGGUCAUAACUUCUGCUGAUCCGGUGCUCAAUGCGCAGGGCUGAGGCGGAAACCCCUCUAAAUCUAAAUCUAAGAACGUCGCUGCUGGUCUUGGUUCCGUCUUCAAAAAUGCAUCUCUCGUCCUUUUUCUGGGGUAAUUUCCUUCUGCACAGUACAAGCACAGCUUUCAGUACAUUUCAUUUGAUAUCCGUCCUUUCUGGCGGAAAAAAUAUGAUCCAAGUUAGCACUGCGAGUUAGCACUGAAUUCUAUGUUGAAGCUGUGCUGGCGAUGGAUGAGGCGGUGGAGUCCACUGGCUCCUGUUUGAAAAAUCAAUGCACAAGAAGGAUCAAACUCAUUCGUAAAAGGUUACAGUUCAAUUUCUUUCGACUUAACACGUCAAUGGAACCCCCUUAGGCGGUUACAGCGGAAGUAACAGUGCCGCUUCCUUUGUCGUGCCAAUUUGAAAGCUGGAUGGCAUUCAUUUCUCGCCAGCGGGUUUCUGAUGGGGACCAAUAAGCCAAC